AUGCGCUGGGAUCCCGGCCUCCUCUCACUCUAUGGGGAAGCCCCGUGCCAGCCUCUAGUCCCCCAAUGCCCCCGCACAGCUCGGCUACAGCUGCGCCCACCUCUCCAGCCAGGCUAUUCUCGAACUGGCCAUCUUUGUCCUUCACUGUCCGCUGGGCGACUCCCCGCUUCCUUUCCCCCCCAUCUAACGGACCUCCAACACUCCCCACACUCAAACGCACACAUCCAAGCCCUAACUCAAACCCCCUUCCCUCUCCACAUGCUCUCAUACCCUAGGCCGCGACGCGUUCAGCAGCUCCUUCUCGCCGUAUUCUCGGCCAAUCUCGCCUUCUCCCUAUUCGUCACGUCCCAUGUCAUCCUGCGGUCUUCUUCCUCCUCCCCGCCUCUCCUGACUUCUCGAGCGAUCGUUCUCCAACACUUAGACUCUGCUAGCUGUCGUGCGCUCCGCAGGCUUUUUUCAGGCUAUCUUAUCCUAUACCCCUUGGUGCCAUCGCGUAACUUCCCUCCCGGGCUCAAACCCAAUUCCCACGCCCCGCGCGACCCAGCUCCUUCCGCCGUCGCUCGCCUUAUUCCCGACCCAAUCGCCCUCCCCGCCUCCUCGUUACACGGGCCGCCUAGCCCCGCCUCAGACCCUUGUGCCUGCCACCCGCCCCCCUCACCCUACUGCUCUGUAGAUUCGGCUAACCCGCCUAGCUACACACCACCGGGCACAGCUCCCGCCUGCCGUAGCGUGCUUCCUCCACUACCCCCAACCUCGCUCCCACUAGCCUCAUCUCUCUGUCACCCAUCUGCAUCCAAAAGGCUCUCCCUCUCCCCCGACGAGCUUAUCACUGUGGUUUCCCCGUCUCACGCCACUCUUUCAUACGCUCCAUAUCCCUCAUCUCUCACGGCUUUGGACUUUCACCGCUGUCCUCUCUGCCAGCUCGACCCUCGCCCCCCAGGGGGCUUGCCGGCGUCUUCCCUCCUCCCCCCCGACUAUCUGAUUCUCUCCCUCCAUCCGCCUCGAUCCUCCCUCACCACCGGUCCGCUCCUCACGCUAGUCUGUAGCACAACCCCCUCCUCUACUACAGAUUCCUCCGCUUCUCGUGCCCCCUCCUGCCUGUCACUUUCAUUAUCCUCCCGUCUCGCUCCUGUGCUGGUCAGCUCCUCCCUCCCUACUACUAUUCUCACCGAUUCCCCCUCUUGGCGAUCUUAUCCUCAAAUCUCCCCCCGUACCGCACAGAUCGCUGACCAAGACAACACUCAGCGAACCCUCGUGUCGCUCAUCCUAACCUCCUGCGCCCCUUGCCGCUCCUAUUGUCCAACUCCCCAAGACUCCGACCGUUCCGCUCCACCUUUCCACGGAGAAGCUUCCGCUGCUUCGAGACAUUACUCGUCCACCUGGUGCUCCUUUCGCUUCUCGUCUCUUCACCCUCCUCGCCACCGCGGCUACCCCGUGGUCCCCGCGCCUCAUCGACUGUUGGUCCAUCACUCUGCUAGCCUCAUCGCACGAGUUCUCGCUUCCCUUCUCUCCUGUACAUCACCUCGCUGGUCUUCGAUCCGUCUCAUCCCUCACCAUCUCCCGUCUUUUUCCGGCUCUCUACGUACGACAAGCCCAACUCCUCCUUUAUCCCUUCUCAGCUACUUCUCGACAGACCUUGGAGCCGCACCGUCGGCCGUCGUGGUUCCCCCUCGGGAGGGCCAACCCCUCCCACCAAAGACACAGUCAACACCGGGGCUUCUUGUCCAGCACUUUUUUUCUAUCGUCAUGGAUCUCCCACUACCCUCCGCGCAUGCGACCAACCCUCCUCCCCGCAGCGUAGCUCAGCCUAUAAGCUUUCCCAAAGCUUGGAGUUCACCACUGCUGUCUGAGCUCCUCCUUCCCUUUGCAACCCAUCCAAUCUCUCUACCUUCUACACUAUCCGUGGUUUAUCCGCUCCACUUCUGCUCAUUGUGUCCCGCCUCCGGUCUCUCGGGCCCACCGCAUCAAUGGCUUUCUGUCGCAGUCUUCUACCGUCCCAUUCUCUUCUUAGCGUGCCCCAACUUCCUCCGCGCGUGUGACCUUACUUUGACCUCUUUUCUCUCCUUCCUGUCCUUCCUACAAACCCUUGAUCCAGCACACUCUUCCCCUACUCCCCCUUCCUCGUAUAGAUGCCGGCUCUCUCCGCCUUAA